GCGGUUGCGGGGCGCUUUACGGCCCGGCGAUGGCGGAGCGGCAGCGGGCGGAGAGCGGCGACGGGCCCGGGCGGCACCGAAGCCCCGGGGGCAACAACGGGCUGAGAACGAGGCCGAGCCGAGGCACUAAAGACACGGCCAACGAGUAUUUCAAAGGGAAGCAGUACGAGGAGGCGGUGGAGCUGUACAGCCGCGCCAUCGAGCUGAACCCCACCAACGCCAUCUAUUAUGGCAACCGCAGCCUGGCCUACCUGCGCACCGAGUGCUACGGAUACGCGCUGGCCGACGCCACCAGGGCCAUCGAGCUGGACAGCAAGUACAUCAAGGGAUGCUAUAGGAGGGCGGCCAGCAACAUGGCGCUGGGCAAGGUCAAGGCGGCGCUGAGGGACUACGAGACGGUGGUGAAGGUGAGGCCCAACGACAAGGACGCCAAGCUGAAGUACCAGGAGUGCAAUAAGAUCGUCAAGCAGAAAGCCUUCGAGCGCGCCAUCGCCAGCGACGAGCACAAGAGAUCCGUCGUCGACUCCCUCGACAUCGAGAGCAUGACCAUUGAGGACGAAUACAGCGGCCCUAAACUGGAGGGGGGCAAAGUGACGCUGAGCUUCAUGCAGGAGCUGAUGCAGUGGUACAAAGACCAGAAGAAGCUGCACCGUAAAUGCGCCUACCAGAUCCUGGUGCAGGUGAAGGAGGUGUUGUCCAAAUUGCCCACCUUGGUGGAGACCACGUUGAAGGAGACAGAGAUGGUGACUGUGUGCGGUGACACCCACGGUCAGUUCUACGACCUGCUCAACAUCUUCGAGCUCAACGGGCUGCCCUCAGAGUCCAACCCAUAUAUCUUCAAUGGGGACUUUGUGGACCGCGGCUCCUUCUCGGUGGAAGUCAUCCUGACGCUCUUUGGCUUCAAGCUGCUUUACCCCGACCACUUCCACCUCCUCAGGGGGAACCACGAGACGGACAACAUGAACCAGAUCUACGGCUUCGAGGGGGAGGUGAAGGCCAAGUACACGGCGCAGAUGUUCGCGCUGUUCAGUGAGGUGUUCGAGUGGCUGCCGCUGGCGCAGUGCAUCAACGGCAAAGUGCUGGUCAGCCCCUUCCUGUGCCCCCUUCCUCUUCCUGUGCCCCCUUCCUCUUCCUGUGCCCCCUUCCUCUUCCUGUGCCCCCUUCCUCUUCCUGUGCCCCCUUCCUCUUACGGGUGUCCCUUCCUGUUCCGGGUGUCUCUUCCUGUUCUAGGUGUCCCUUCCUGUUCCAGGUGUCCCCUUUAUGUUCCGGGUGUCCCUUCCUGUUCUGGGUGUCCCUUCCUGUUCCAGGUGUCCCCUUCCCGUUCCGGGUGUCUCUUCCUGUUCUGGGUGUCCCUUCCUGUUCUGGGUGUCUCUUCCUGUUCUUGGUGUCCCUUCCUGUUCUGGGUGUCCCUUCCUGUUCUGGGUGUCCCUUCCCGUUCCGGGUGCCUCUUCCUGUUCUGGCCCAUGUGUGACCUGCUCUGGUCCGACCCGCAGCCGCAGAAUGGCCGCUCUAUCAGUAAGCGCGGUGUGAGCUGUCAGUUCGGCCCCGACGUGACGCGCCGGUUCCUGGAGCGGAACCAUCUCGAUUACAUCAUCCGCAGCCACGAGGUCAAACACGACGGGUACGAGGUGGCGCAUGGGGGGAAAUGCGUCACCGUGUUCUCAGCGCCCAACUACUGGUGAGAGACUGCAAUGUAUGGGGGGAUGUAUAGAU